GAUUUCCCAUUCCCAGACCUUAUCUGGAUAGAGGAGAAGGCUGCGAGGAAGCAGAAUAUGCUCCAGAACACUGAGGCAGACAAGGAGCUGAAGAUGGAGAGCAGGGAGGACAAAUCCCCACGGCAGAACCUCAUGGACGAGGCCGUUUUGAGCGGCUCCACAGCACGGGAACCUAAUGGGGCUGAAAAGCCUCAGAGAUCCCUCAGGAGGAGGGGCUCCAAACCCAGCCCAGGAUAUGCUGAGGGAGAAAGACCCAGCCUGUGCCAGGAAGGCAGCCAGAGAUCUGGCCAGAGCUCUGAGGUGGUGGUCAAUGAGCAGCUUAAUGAUGGCAAGAAGCCCCACCAGUGCUUGGAAUGUGGGAAGAGUUUUCCUGCGAGCUCCCACCUGAUAAUCCACCAGAGGAUCCACACCGGGGAACAGCCCUACGAGUGUGGGGAAUGUGGGAAGAGCUUCAGGAUCAGCCACCAACUCACUGCCCACCAGAGGAUCCACACUGGGGAACGGCCCUACGAGUGUGGGGAAUGUGGGAAGAGCUUCAGGAUCAGCCACCAACUCACUGCCCACCAGAGGAUCCACACUGGGGAACGGCCCUACGAGUGUGGGGAAUGUGGGAAGAGCUUCAGGAUCAGCCACCAACUCACUGCCCACCAGAGAAUCCACACGGGGGAACGGCCCUACGAGUGUGGGGAAUGUGGGAAGAGGUUCCAGACCAGCUCCCACCUGAUCACCCACCGAAGGAUCCACACUGGGGAAUGGCCCCACGAGUGUGGGGAAUGUGGACAGAGGUUCAGGAUCAGCUCCCACCUGAUCGCCCACCAGAGGAUCCACACCGGGGAACGGCCCCACAAGUGUGAGGAAUGUGGGAAGAGCUUCAGGAUCAGCUCCCACCUGAUCGUCCACCAGACGACCCACACCAGUGAACGGCCCUAUAAAUGUGGAGAAUGUGGGAAAGGCUUCAGGAGGAGCUCCAGCCUGAAACUCCACCAGAUGACCCACACUGGGAUACGACCCUAUGUGUGUGGGAAAUGUGGGAAGGGCUUCCGUGACAGCACUGGCCUGAUCAUCCACCAGACAAUGCACACUGGGGAAUGUCCCUACACGUGCUCAGAAUGUGGGAAGAGCUUCAUUGAGAACUCCAGCCUGAUUAUGCACCAGAGGAUCCACACUGGGGAGAGGCCCUACGAGUGCGGGGAAUGUGGGAAAAGCUUCAUCCAGAGCUGCCAUCUGAUUCUCCACCAGAGGAUCCACACUGGGGAGAGGCCCUGUAAGUGCAGGGAAUGUGGGAAAAGCUUCACUGCGCCCUCCGCCCUGAUUGCCCACCAGAGGAUCCACACUGGGGAGAGGCCCUACAAGUGCGGGGAAUGUGGGAAAAGCUUCAGCCAGAGCUCCAGCCUGACUGUCCACCAGAGGAUCCACACUGGGAAGAAGCACUAUGAGUGUCCUGAGUGUGGGGAGAGGUUUCAGAGCAGAUACCGUCUCCUCAAGCAUCAGCAGAUUCACACAGAAUAGAGGCCCUUCCGCUGCCCCGAGUGCAGGAGGGGCUUUAAGAAAAACUCCACCCUCAUCACCCACCAGCGGAUCCACGCUGGGGAGAGGCCCUAAGAGUGUCCCAAGUGUGGCAAGCGCUUCUCCCAGAACUCUACUAUGACCCAGCACCAAGGGAGGCAGCAGUAAGGGAAGGCCUACAAGUGCCCCGUGUGCAGGAAGAGCUUUGAGCGCUGCUCCAACUCCAUCCCCCACUGGAGGACCCCCAUUGGAUGGUCCACGAUGACCCUCGUUUGGCAGAGACUUGGUGAUCCAUGGUCCCUUUGAGCCAUGUUAGGAAGAAACCUGGCUGGUGGUCUCCACAUCUUCCUGGCUCCUCUUGGACACUUGGGCAGCAGGAGAAAAAUCCAUUGGGAUGCAAACCGAAUUCAGAAUUUCAUAGGGGACCGUACAGUUUUUUACUUUCGACCCCAAAAAUAUCUCACGUUUUGCAUCCAAUCAUUUCUUCAGGUGGCAUCAAGGAAUACUGGAUGGUGUUGGAGGUCUUUUCCAACCUAAAUCAUUCUAUGAUUCUAAUUCUCCCUAGCCUAGAGACAUCUUCCACAGCCAAAUGGUGAUGGACUGGGGCACAAAACCAGGAUUUUGGAGAAAAUGGAGUGGAAAUUCCUCUAGAAAAGAUCCUUUCUACCCACCCAGGCACAUGGAUACUCAGCCAGCAUGUACACAUAAAUCCUUUUAUUUUGGCCUUGAUUUUCCUUCAUAUUUCUUUAUCCCUUCACCCACCAUUGGGGUAAAAAUAAAGACAUUUAACUAA